AGACUUAAAUCAAUUGGUUUGGGUUUAGUGCCGUAGUGGUUAGGUGAGUGUGACUUGUGGUUAUAUAUGAUAUAAUCUGGAGGGAUCAAAUUUGCGCCAAAAACCAAGCAAACAAAAACUAGAAAAAAUAAUAAUGAGCAAGCAAGAAUCGGAGGGAGCAAAUAUUGAUUUCGAAUCCAAAUCAAAUCACAAUGGCAAUGUGAAAAUCGCACCAAACGACCAAAGUUUCCUCACAAUUCUUGACGACAUCAAAUCUUCCAAAUCUCCGGCUGUUAUUAACUACGGAGCUUCGUGGUGUGGAGUUUGUAGCCAGAUUCUACCUGCAUUCCAAAAGCUCAGCAAAAAUUUCUCGAAGCUCAAGUUUGUUUAUGCAGAUAUCGACGAGUGCCCUGAAACCACUCGCCACAUCCGCUAUACACCCACGUUUCAGUUUUAUAGAGACGGCGAAAAAGUCGAUGAGAUGUAUGGAGCUGGUGAAGAGAGACUCCAUGAUCGUCUUUGGCUUCACUCUUGACUAUGUUCAUAAAAUUCGAAUAAUUAAAUCUGCAUUCCUUUUGUGUACACUUCGAAUCCUCUGAAUAAGUUUGGACUUCGGUAAAUUAAUGUUAUAAACUUAUCA